CCUCCUAUUUGUUAUGUAAAGCUGACUUUGUGUUUAGGAGCAAACUGUGAGGACGGCUGUGUUUCUUCCUAACAGUGUGAUGGAAGCGGACUCCCCUCUUUUGUUGGCUGCAGUGUCCCUGCUGUCAGUUCUGCACAUGGGCUACCUGGCUCGGCGGGUAGGAAGAUCCAGGAUGGCUUACAACAUCAUACCUCCUGUUGUCACUGGACCUCCAGAAUUUGAGAGGACAUUCCGUGCACAUCAGAACUGUGUGGAGUUCUACCCUCUCUUCCUGGUGUCGAUGUGGACCUGUGGUACCUUCUUCAGUGAGGUGAUUGCAGCUGCAGGAGGGCUGGUGUACAUGGUCGCUCGACAGAUGUAUUUUAACGCAUAUAUCACGUCCCCCAAGAAAAGGUUACCUGGCUUUAUUCUGAACUUGGUUGUCCUCGGCAUUCUGUCUCUGCUGGGUUCGAUUGGAGUACUGCGUGGAAUACUAUACAAAUACUUUAUCUAACUUUGAAAAAUGUCAUCAAACUGUGCAAACCAACAAAUAAAGUUAUUUGUAUUUGGUAGAAGUUUUUAUAA